CUUUGGAUAAGGAAGAGGCUCGCUAUUUUAAUCAAAUCGUUUUAAGGGACUUAAGUCGUAUAUUUAAAAUGUUUUUUAUAUUAUACACAACUGCAGGUGUGUUUGGGGAAUUGUCGGUGUUGGUAAAUGGUUUAUUGGGGAACUGGAUUUUAAUGUUUCCCGCUUACUUUGUUUUCGAUCCAUAUGCUAGUUCAACUUUAUACUUUGUGGCUCACGUUUAUCAAUUUAUUGGUGCAUCAUUUAUUAUAGUACAAGAUGUAAUUACUGAUUCCUUUGCCACCAUGAAUUUAGCUUUAUUGAGCAGUCAACUGCAUACCUUAAAUAUGAGACUAACUAAACUGGGUGUAGAGCCAAUGAAAACAAACAUGACUAAUAAUCAGGAAUUAUUGGAUUGUAUAAAGGAUCAUAAGGAUUUAUUGAAAUAUCGCCAAAAACUACAGAAUAUCAUCUCUUUCUAUAUGUUUGUUCAGAUACUUUUCACCAGCAUUAACAUGUGUGCUACAGUUCUAUUUUUAAUGCUUUUUACAACCGAUGUCUUUACUUUGAUCUAUUAUUUUGUUUAUUUUGCCUCAAAGGCGGCGGAAAUUAUGCCAUUGUGUUAUUAUGGCACUGUUAUUGAGAUCGAAUUUAAAAAUUUAACUUAUGCUCUUUUCAGUUCGAAUUGGUUGGAACAGGAUAAAGUAUUUAAGAAAAAUAUAAGGAUUUUUGCAGAAGUCACAAUGAAACCUUUGUAUAUUACAGCCUGGUUGUUUUACCUCAAUCUGGAUUCUUUUAUAUUUGCUUGUAAAAACGCUUAUUCGAUUUUUGCUUUAAUAAUGAAUAUGAAGUAA